AGAAGAAAAGCAGGCCCUAAAAAUGCAAAGAACGUUGGGGAGGCAAGAAAGAAAGUCCAAAAACCGCAAUGUGGACUAUUCUAAACGCUGUUCAACAUGCGCCGCGGCUAGAAGGAACGAAGACCAGGUACUCCACUCAGACAGACAAUCCUACCACUGUCCGCACCACCGUGUGUCGCCUAAGGAGCGACAAAACUUCUUACUUGGAAGAGAUCGGACAACAUCCGUCAAGAAGAUCGGACUUGCGAGAUUUUUGAGCUUGGAGGAACCAGCCAAGCAAAGGCUACAAGACCAAAUUAAUAUUUUGUCGAAUUAUUGGCGUGCAGCAGCUCUUAAAUCACAAGCGUUGCAGCGUAUUUUAUCUUGGAUUUGCUUGACGCCCAUCGCGAACUCCCUUCAAUCAUUUUUUCGCAAGACUUUUCUUACGCAUGUAUACAGCUCAUUCACGGGGAGGAGAUCAGCAAUACCAACAGCAAGAUACCGAGGCAAAGCAUGACCGGAUGCUAACAGGAAUACUUGGGACCUUGCCCACAAGCGUCAUGACCCAUAUACCCGGCUAUAAGCACGCAUUGGCUUCGUUGGCCGAGCAAUCCGCAACAAUUUUUGUAAACUCGAUCACUGAGAUUUUGAGCAUCGAACCAUCCGGUUUUUUUUUUUGCCUUAAAUUGCAAAAUGCUGUUCGAG